UGUGUAUGUAUGUGUGUAUAUAUGUGUAUGUAUGUAUGACAAGCAAGUGAAUUGUAUUUUCAGAAUUAAGUGCUCCAUCAGUUGCUGUAUGUACUUCAACAUUUUCAGUAAUGUUUUGUGCUUAAUGACAACGCUGUUCACAGCACUUGGAUCAAGUGUUUAAUUUGGACCUUGUUUGUGUUUUCUGCCACACUGAUACCCUUGUUAUACAAAUCCAGAUUUGCACCAUAAUCUAUUUUCAUGUUUAGAACAAGUCGUUUUUUGUUUUAUUUUUCAAUCAUUCAUUAAAAGAAAAUUUAAAAAAAGAGUGCCAUAUUUCAGGGGAUGGUUUUAUAUAGUUGGAAAGAAAAAAAUAAAUAAAAAAUAUGAUCACAAGCUUUGCAUGGAAAAAACAGAUCGCCUGUCAAUGUGUUCAUUUCCCUGUGCUGUUAACUUUCUGUUUACAUGGAGCAUAACUGUACAGUUCAAGAUGUAAUGCACGUUUCUAACAAGAUGGGAAUCUUUGCCUGAUGAGUAUUUCAAUUAUUAAGUGAGAAAAUAGCAGAGAAAUAAUUAAAUGUCAGUAUAUUUUUUAAACUGUGAUCAAAUGAAUUUUAUUUUUUUCUCUCACUUGUUUUAUAGUGUGUACAAAGAGGGGUUAGAAAGCAAAUUUAUCCAAGAAAUAUUCAGCUCUAUAUGGAUGGUGGGGGCCGAUAAAUGAGCGUAUUUCAUUCCUAAAAAGAAAAUCCUGUUAUAAAAUUGAAGAAUGAGAAAUUGCUUCUUUUUUUUUUUUUUUUUUGUUAAGUGGCAAUUGCUGCAUGGGUCCACAUGUCCUACAUCUGCCAGGCAGCAUACAGGUCUUUAAAUAGACGGCUAUUUUGAUGCAAAAGCAUAACACAGGCCCCUGAGGGCUUGAGGCACAUGGGCUGGAUUUAAUGCGAGGGUCGGAUGGCCUGACGAACCUUAGGAAACCCUGUGGUGAGUGAGGCAAAGAAGCCUGAAACUAAAAUCACCUGUGCCAUUCGUUCUGCCUAGUUUGCUGCAGUGGUUCCCUACAGCUUGUUGGAUUACUUUUUAACUUCACUCUGGAAGUCAUUUCGGUAAACUAGGUGGCUACAAACUGCUGCAAUCUUUUUUGUUUUUGACUUUUUGUACUGAGUAUUUCUAAAGGACUAGAAGUUGCCUCUUGGAAAACGCCUGUGUCACCUAAGGGCACACCACAGAAACAGCAAUGUCCUAUAGAUCCAAGCCUCCUGCCUCCUGGAAUGAUGACCCUCCUCCUCGCAAAGUGGAAAUUGACCUGAGUUCACCUGGCUUAGCAGUGUUUGAGUUGGAAAGACUCUUGUUUACUGGCAAAGCCAUCAUCAGCCAUGCAGAUGAAGUGUGGCCAAGGCUUUACAUUGGUGACCAACACAGUGCAGAGAACCGGGAUGAUCUAUCCAAGCAUCGAGUCACUCACAUCUUCAAUGCAGCUCACAGUAAACGCGGAGUACAGCCAGACAUCUACGAGGGCAUGGAGAUCACCUACAUGGGCGUAGAGGCUCAAGACUCCUGUGGCUUUGAUAUGAGCGUCAACUUCCAGGCAGCAGCAGACUUUAUCCACAGGGCUCUCAGCAGAGGAGGCAAAGUGUUGGUGCACUGUCACGUAGGAGUGAGCCGCUCCGCCACCCUGGUCCUGGCUUACCUGAUGCUGAAGCAGAACCUGACCCUCGUGGAGGCUAUUUGUGCUGUGAAAGAUAACCGGGGUGUCAUCCCUAAUCGAGGUUUCCUCCGACAGCUCAUCAAACUGGAUGGCCGUCUCUUUCGCACACACUGA